CUACUAAAGUGUCUCUCUUUUUUGCUCAGGGUAUGUCUGUGGCAAGCGGUCCAUGUGUGGAAACCCGUCCUAGCACUCUGGGACAGUCUCAGUCUGUGAUGAACAUCUCCAAGAUGUCCCCAAAAGUGGAAUUAAAGAAACGCAGAGCUCCAGCACCGCCAACAGCUCCCACACAGACUUUACCACUGACAUCACAGAUAAGCCUCAGCUCUCCAUCCUCGCACAACCAUCUUAAGAAGCGGAAGGCUCCAGCACCUCCACCAACACCGUUGCCUGAACCAGUUAUUUCCACUCCUGUGCCUACUGCAUCUGUGCGGGCCACAUGUGUCCCGGUGCCAGUUGAAAGGACCCUGCUGCCAGCUCCCAGAGCCUCAACUCCAGCCGAUGAUUCUGAUUUGAGCCAUAGUAUUGAGGAUUCAGAGCCGGCCAGGUCCAUCUGUAGUAGCUCCAGCAGUGAUGUAGCUGCGGGAUCAAGCAGCAGUAGUCUAGCUGAAGAAUCUGUAACACAUCAGGUUCAUGUGAUAGCUGCAUACACCACAUAUACACCAGAACCUGAAACAGUUCCUGAACCUAAGCCUGGACCUGAACCUGAACCUCAACUUAAACCUGAACCUAAACCUGAAGACAAGGAAGAAGCAGCUCCUCAGACUCCAAAAGAACCUCCUCAAGAACCAGGUCCAAGUUCAGAGGAUCAAAUGGAAGAAGACCCAGGGCUAGAGAUGGAGCUAAAAAUGGAAGAGAUGGAAAAUAACCGUAAUAGUGGAAUAGUCUAUUGCUGUGCACCUGUCUCCCUGCGCUCUGGACGCCGGUGAAAUGAUGUCCAUCCUUUCUCCACCUUUUCCUCCUUUUAUUCACCUUCCUCUUCCUCUGAUGGGUUUCUAUUCACUUGCUUCUGUCUUCCACACUGUUCUCAUUGCUUCCCCUAUUCUUAGUUUCCUAAAGCUUGAAGCAAGUAAUUUCUAUGUAAAUAUACACCAUAUUCUAUUGCAUUUGAUUAGCUUGAGAAGUCAGAUGAAGGAACGGAAUCGUACAGCAUGGUCAGAGUUACGUAGGCAUCAGUCCUGGGGCGCUGCUCUUUAUUUACAUUUGUUUAACUGAUGUUCAGAAAUGGUUUGAGGGAUAUUAAGCAUGUGAUGUACUGUUCACAAGUCAAUGACAGUUUCCAAACCUCGUGCUCACAGGUUUUGUUUUAGGCUGUUGCAUGCUGGUUUCUCCAGAAGAUAAAAGUAUGUGCUGUUUUGUUUAAGACAUUACAUAUAUCACCAUGUUGAUAAUUGCAUUCAUAGGUAGGAAAACCACAGAUUUAUGAAGGGAAACAAGAACACAAUCAAGAAAGAAUGUCUUUGUUUACACUCAGCUUUUAAUUUGCAUGAAUGGAUUGCUAAAUGAUGUUUUAAUUAAUGUUUUUUUUUUUUUUUUUUUUUUGGAGAGCAAGCUAUAACUUUGUUAUUCGAUUGUGUGCAUUUAAAGAUUGUUUUUAAGGGUCUGUGUGACUUAUUAAAUUAUUUUGAUUUUGA